UAAAUAAAUAAUAAGAAUAAUAGAUCAGCCCUGUACAGGGAGGGAGGGAAGGAAAAAAAACCCAAACAGAGAGGGUUGGGUUGCCCUAAGUGAAAAGAGAACAUCGAGCGUUGAGAUGGGGAAGAAGUUGGGAGAGCAGACGGACUUAAAUUCCCGACUGCAACGGGCCAAGACUGCCAGGGUUGCUGACAACGAGUACCCACCUAACUCCCAUCCCAAGAAUUUGCAGAAUCAAAUAAGAAGGGUGAAGGAUGUGGAGAUAGCUAUACCUAUAGUUUAUGGAACAGUAUCAUUCUGGCUGGGUAAAAAGGCAGAUGAGUAUCACUCCCAUAAAUGGACCGUAUAUAUUCGUGGAGCAACAAAUGAGGAUCUUGGGGUCGCAAUUAAAAGAGUUGUCUUUCAGUUACACCCAAGCUUUAAUAAUCCAACUAGGAUUAUUGAAGCUGCUCCUUUUGAGCUGUCUGAAACUGGGUGGGGUGAAUUUGAGAUAAGCAUGACUAUCUACUUCCACAGUGAUGUAGCAGAAAAGCAAAUAGAGCUAUUUCAUCAUCUAAAGUUGUACCCUGAGGAUGAAUCUGGACCACAGUCAACAAAGAAACCAGUAGUCAUUGAGUCAUAUGACGAGAUCGUCAUCGCACAACCUACAGAAUCUUUCUAUUUGCGGGCUGGCAAUCAUCCAGCAAUAGUUGUAUCUGGAGCAUCAACUGGGUUGAGCUUACCACCUCCUUCGGGGAUUGCAAAUGACAAUUUUAGUGAGAAGAAAAGGGGGGAUACAAAGGAACAUGCUCUAGGUCAAUGGUUUUUGAGACAUUCUGAAGCUGAUGAGCUGGCUCAGUUAACAGCAGCACGUCAGCAGAUUCAACAUCAUAUAAUGAAAUUGAGAAGACAGGUCACUUCGAUUGAAGCGGAGGCUCAGCGGAUGAAAUCAAACUCUGGUCAAUGAAAAUUGCUGUGUUGGGAAAUGAAAUUUUGUUCGGUAAGCUGGUCAUUGAAAAUUGCAUCAUCACUGCCCAACUGGUGGUGGCUAUUGGGUGCAUAUGUAAAAUUGCUAUAUGAAGAUGUGCAGUGUGUCAGAUUGAGAAGACUGCAAUUCUGCGUUUCCGAAUUUUUGGGCACUUCAAGUAUGUUUAUUUGCAUUCCUUAACUGCGAAGAGAUAUUUGAAUAUACUGCAUACAUGAUCUAGAUGCAUAUUUACGCUGCAAGUUAAUUGCAAGUCAGUAUUUUGCUUCAUUAUAAAAAAUGUCUUGUUUGAGAUUCAAGUUGGAAAUGAAUUAUUAUAACAUUAACUUUAUGAUGAUUACAUCUUUCUGGCCUACUUUAAUGGGCACAGCUGGCCUACACAGAAUUUCUUGAGUUCGCUGACUUGAUUCAAAUGGUGGAUCGCAUUUUUAUGGGUAAAAGAAUAUCCUUUUCCACCGAGCUUCCCUAUGCAUUUGGAUUUUCUUGAGACAUCCAAACUGUAUCGCUUUGUCUGAAGGCAAGGCAUGCUAUAUACCAAAAUCUUUCUUUGUUAAUAAUUUGCUACAAGAAAAUAAUUUGUACCAUAUUUCAAAAUCUUGUUCUUCUGCCUCUGAAUGUAAAACAUUUGUUUCAAUGAAGUUUGAGAUUGCAGAUCUAAUCAUUUCUAUUUAUUUUUA